AUGCGGGCGGGGACUGGGGUGGGCGUGGCCGGGGCGGGGCCUGGAGUCUUUAUAAAGCGUAUCUCCUGCGCCGCCUCGGGAACCAGAGCUCCAGAGCGCACACACCCGGUCCUCCUUCACUCCUGCACCAACAUGAGCCUGAUGAGCGAGCAGCUGCUGUCGUGGGUCGGGGGGGCCACGCUGCUGUCGUGGGUGGGGGGGGCCACGCUGCUCUCGCUGCUGCUGUGGCUGCUCUACAGGCUGCUGGCCGGGUUCCGGGUCUGGGUCCUGGGCAACGGGGGGCUGCUGAGCCCGCAGCUGGGCCGCUGGGCAGUGGUGACCGGAGCCACCGAUGGAAUCGGGAAGUCGUACGCUGAAGAGUUGGCUCGUCGCGGUUUCUCCAUGAUGCUGAUCAGCCGCUCGCAGGACAAGCUGGAGGACGUGGCCCGGUCCCUGGAGGAGCAGUUCAAGGUGGAGACCAGAACCAUCGCCGUCGACUUCGGCAAGAGCGACAUCUACCCCAAGAUCCAGGCGGGGCUGGCGGGCCUGGAGGUCGGGGUUCUGGUGAACAACGUGGGCGUGUCCUACCCGUACCCGGAGUAUUACCUGAACAUCCCGGACCUGGACAACUUCAUCACCAACAUGAUCAACGUCAACAUCACGUCCGUCUGCCAGAUGACCCGACUGGUGCUGCCCAGGAUGGCUGACAGGUCCAGCGGGGUGGUUCUGAACAUCUCCUCGGCCAGUGGGAUGUACCCGGUUCCUCUGCUGACCGUCUACUCCGCCACCAAGGCCUUCGUGGAUUUCUUCUCCCGGGGUCUGCAGGAGGAAUACCGGCGCCAGGGCGUCAUCGUGCAGAGCGUGCUGCCGUUCUUCGUGGCCACCAAGAUGACCCGGAUCCGAACCCCCACCCUGGACAAGCCCACGCCGGAGCGCUACGUGGCGGCGGAGCUGGAGACGGUGGGACUGCAGAGCCAGACCAACGGAUACUUCCCCCACGCCGUCAUGGGCUGGUUCACCACCAAGCUGGUCCCCAGCAGCCUCGUCAUCUUCUUUGGGGCCCGGAUGAACCGGCUGCAGCGGACCGGGUACCUGCGGCGCCGCAAGCUGCGGGAGCAGAAGAACGGAGCCGGAGCCGGGCUCAAGUCCGAGUAGAGGGGGGGGCG